AUGUCUGCGUCUGCGACUGAUGUGGUGGAGCGGGCCUUAGAGCUCCUGUCUGGGGACGAAAGGAGGACGAGUGCUCUGGGAUAUGACUAUCUCGUGAAGCUUCUCCUUAUAGGAGACAGCAACGUAGGGAAGAGUAGCAUGCUGAUGCGUUUCACUGAAGGGCCCCCAAGGGCCCGCGUUGGGCCCUCUAGGAGUAAUGGGCCUCCUGGCGCAACGAAAGGGGGGCCUCCGCCUCCCACGAUCAGCAUUGACUACGUGAGCAAGACUUUACAGGUCGAACGGAAGAUCGCCAAGGUGCAGGUGUGGGAUACUGCGGGUCACGAACGAUUCAAGAGUGUUGCACAUGUCUAUUUCCGUGGAGCGAUGGGAGUAAUGCUGGUCUUUGACUUGGGGUGUAAGCGAAGUUUUCUUAGUGCUCCUCGUGGGAAACAAAUGCGAUCUCAAGGAGCGGGUCAGUAG